AUGAGUCAACAUCAAGGGUACUCUAAGAAUAAUCGUAAAACCCCUAUAAGUUCAUCCCAGUCUCGAAGUGUAAAGCAAUGCUCUCGUACAGUAAUACCAAAUUUUCGAGACUCGGCAUGCGGCAUGGCUACUCUAGAGGAAUCUAAUAAUACCGCUGGAGAAUCAUGUCGUAAUGAACUUCGGGAACUUGUUAGGCGACAGAAGCAGGAGCGUGCUUUGAAAAUGAGGGAGUUAGAGGACAAGGAAAAACAACGAAGUCGAAAAAUUGCUGAAAAUUUAGCAGCGAUUGAAGAAGAAGCCAGAAGAACUGCCAAGCUCUCUUCAAAUACGAGGAAGAGAACCUCAUCCUCUAAGCGUAAAGAUUUGAAUAGUGCUCUUAAACAGAGUGGAAAUAUUACUGACGAUGAAAUUCCGAUGGAGUGUGUGCAAAGAGCUUCAGAACUUUUAGCCUGCCAAGAAAAGCAUUUAACCAAACUUCAAAAUCCCGUCUCAACUUUUUUAUGCCCACCUAGUCGAUCCCAACGUUCUACUGCUUCCACGGUUUCGAGGUUUCAAGGAAGCAAAACCUACUCUAUUGAAAAGUCAGCCUCUUGCAAAAGCCUUCCUGACGCCGAUCUUCCCAAUUCAUCUACCUCAAAAACGCAGUCUUCUCUUUUUAAUGGUGCUAUUGUUUCCAAGAGUCUUCCUUCCAAGAGUAGAUCGACUAAGUCAACCAAUGGAUUUGGCGUUCAAGUUAAUUUACCCGACCCAAUUCAUUUCGAGAGGCACGCUGAAGUCAUAUCGUCCUGGAAGGACGCUGAAAGUGAAAAAGCUCGACUGAAGGCUCGACUCUGUGUUAGUAGGACUCGAAGGUUAGUCCAUCUACAAGCUGAUGAUGAGGAUGGAACGGACACUAAUGAGGACGACAAAAUCGAUACUUCGGAAUCGUCUUCAGUUUCCUCAGAUAGUAGCAUUUGUGAUCAGGACCCAGCAAAUAGAACUCUGACGCCGAGUAAACAUGAAGGCACAUCUAACGGAACUUCAUUAAAAUCCCUCCUUGAUAAUCACAUGCAACAAAUCGACAGGCGUAAAGAAUACGACCCAUUGCGUUUCAUGGAGGUUUACAAGGCGAAGCAUCAAUUACAAACAGCGAAUGGUGACGUGGAUAUCGAUUCAGAUGUCGAUAAAACUAGCGAUGCAGCAUCAACUCUUCAAGCAAGUGCUUUUGAAGAGAAUCGAACGGUGCUACACCAACACAUUGCCGAAUUGGAGAUGACGAGGCAGAUAUCAAUGGGUGGUGGUGGUGGGUUGAAGGGUCUGGGAAUGACGCGAGUUGAUCAUCUGAAGGAGAUGAAGAAUCAAGCUUUGUCUCCCAUUGUCCUUCCAGGUACAGGUCGAGCCCCGGUCACUCUCACUCAAACUUUUACCCAGAGGAGUUAUACGACCACCACUGGUGCUGCCGCUACUGCUCAUUUUGUACCUGAUCACAGUCAAAUGACUACCGCUGCUGACUCAUUUAUGGGCACUGCAGCGGAUAAUCACUACCUUCAAUGUGGAAUAAACGCAGAUGCCUCCAGCCUUAAUCCUCUUGAUAUGCCAUCAACCCUUGAAGUUACUACCGCAUUCGGCGAAAUGAUCGAUAAACAGCCAGAGCCGUUCAAAUGCAUUCUUCAACAACGCGUUUCCGAUUUGAACGCGCGGCGUCGUGAGGCUGAGAUGCUAAUCAAUCUGGCCAAAAAGUUGGAUCGCGAGGAGCAAAAGGUUUAUCUCCUUGAAAAUAUGGCUGUCAAGGCCCUAACGCAGAAGCAAAACUUGCGACAGCCAUUGAAAGCUCUUGCCCAUGCUGUUGAGGCGUCAAGUUCUUCGUCUAGGUCAACUCCGGAGGUAGCACCAGAAGUUCCUUUCCCAUCAGUUGUGAUUCCCUCAUUCCAGCAGCCUUCCCCCUCCACUAUUGCUGUUCAACCUCAACCCGAGGAGGAAUUGAGACAGGAAAUCCCGGCGGAUUCCCCAACUUCCAUUGUCUUCGUAUCCUCCGUUGGGGAGGAGAUUCAAUCGGAUAGUUCUUCCUCAACAACUGAGAUGCCUUCGUCUAUAGCCUCCUCCCUGGUUCCCGAUCGACCCCCACUCUCUUCAUCCAGCAGCUUGACAAAUCCCAAUGUACUAGAACAACUUUUCGUGAACACGGACUGCACUCCACAACCCCAGCCUCUACCCGAUGUCCAAAGGACACAAGAUUUACUUUCUCAGAUUUCGUCCACCCCCAGUCCAAGGAGGACUCCUCUCGUUGCCAGACAUGCAACUGCUUCUCCCAUCAAUUCCCCAGCUUCCUCUCUUGUCCGACUAACAACAGCUGACAGUCUCAGCGUCUCCUCUGAUCUUGAUUUGGCUGCCACUCUGGAUGCUAGGCUGAAAGUCCUCAAUCGAGAUCUUGAAAGACAACAGCGCCUUCUGAAUCAAAUCCAAUCCCAGAAAAAGCAGACGAAGAAUAAGGACAGUUUACUUCGAUUGGAGUCUACUCUCGAACACCACCAGAGGCUCGUUGAAGGGGUCAUCCAAAGCCUUAAGGAGGACAUAGCUGCUUGUACUGAAGAGAAAUCAGCCUUGUUGUCCCGAAGUGCAGCAUCUUCGCCUACAGAAGCUUCUGUUUUCAACAAAUCGGAUUCUAAAUUAACAUUGGAAAAUAUUUCAAAUAUUGGAACCGAUAAUAUCCCAACCGUAGAAACUGAUAUCACUCCUUUAAGCAAUGGGCAAUCUUCUGAUGUAAUAAAACAGGAGGCUUUGAAUGAUUCUAACGUCAAGGAAAGCUUGUUUGCAAGUACUGUGUCUUCGUCUGAAUCCUUGAAUGCUAAUGGAGUCUCCAAGCCUGAUACAGCAUAUUUGAAAUCUCAAAAUUUAGAUGUAACAGAAACCUCGCAUAAUCAUAAUGUUCCUGCAGUGCCUUCAAUGACAACUUCAAAUCUGAUUAUGUCUGAGAAAUUGCAUAACGAAUCCUUGCCACCAGUUAAAAAGACCGAGUCUCCUCACUUGGUAGAUAAUUCCUCUGCAAAAUUAUGUGCCUCCGUAGAAUGGCAGUCUAGAACACUUACAAAAUCCCGUAAUUUUGAUGAAUUACCGUCUUCACAACUAGCAUCAAUGUCUCCUUUAGAGAGUAAAAUAAGUGUGGAUGGUAAAUCAGCGCCAGGAAAACAGGAAUACUCAACUGAAAAGCCUUUGGUGAAGUCUACUCCUGAAGUACUAGAACCUGCCAAUUCAUCAUCGCAGUCUAAUUCGAUUGUACAGCUCCCAUCAUCAACAGAAUUGUUGAAGUCGAUUUCAGGAGUAGGUGGCAAUUGUAUUACCAAAUUGGAAGGCUCUGAUAUUUCCAACGUUGUCAUUGCACUUGAUGACUCCAAGAAGGCUUCCACUCCUAUUAGGUCGAAAGGCGAUAUUGCCGAUCCCUUGGAACCGUCACAGAAUGAGGUUUCGAAACCAGAUGAUGAGAAAAGCCGCCCUCUUGAUGAUGUACUAUCCGAACUUUCUCUUGCUGCAUUGUCUGAGGUUGGGAGCGCGGAGAGGGUUGAAGGCGUUGCAGAAGCGCUUGAGAAGGAGCCACCUGCUGGUCAAGAGACACAUUCAGAAGCAGAUACAGCGGAUGCCUAUUCAGAAGACUUUGAGGAUGAUGAAUUUCCUGAGGAAGUUGCAUUGAUAAAAACACCAGAAUCUGCAGAAUUCACUUCUGCUAUUCCUCCAUCUACAUCGCCUUCUCAUUCUCAUGUUGACGCGCGAGCUGAACAGCUCCUGGAAGAAUGGCUGGACAUCUUCCUCGAAGAUACUUUGGACGAAUUCGUUGACGACUUAUCCUUAGAUGUUGUUGGAGUCACUCCCGAUGAUCUCAUGCCAAGGCAUUCAGCAAGGACUAGUGUGGAGCCUCUUGAGGAAAUUCAGAAUACGACUGGUCUCGUAGUGAACAUACCUUCUCGAACCCUACCGUUGUUUAAGAAAGUCAUGGACUUUUUCUACAAACUUCGAUCUACUGUUCCGAAGGGUUACUUCGAGCAGGCUCUCAAGACAGCUGAAUACCCUCCAGAGUUCUCCAACAUGUACCUCGAUGAAAAAGAUAUGGAGUUAUAUAGGAAAGAUCCAGAAGUGUACUUUGUUAGUCGACCGCUCUUCUUUGAUCUUUUGCGAACUGGAAUGUUGGAGAUCUUUGCUGGAGAAGAUGAUGAUGUACAGUACAAUCGGGAGAUUAUUUAUACCAGUGCUCGACUUCGUAUGUGGGGUGGUCGCAAUAGACCUGAAAAGCAAGAAAGCUGGGAAGCCUACUUAGGCCCUCAACUAGAAGCCAUUCUCGGAAUUAGUCUGGAUCCUGCUACUGCUCAGACCGACGAAGUUGUUCCUUUACCAAUGCCUACUGUCUACGAUCAUUCGGUUGUCCGAGGAUCUAUCUCCAAGUGGACAUUGCAAUCCAAACACUACGUGGACCAAUUGUGUGAAGUGGAACUUCGAGCAGACGACCCCAGUUGGUUCAACUAUAGAGAUUAUAUAAGCACGAUUAUCAAUCAGUCAACGAAGGAGGUAGUCGAGCAGAUGGCUGUGGACACUAUUGAUCGGCUAAUUUCCACAAUGAAACCGUCCAAUGGUUUAAUGCAUCAAAGUAGAGAGCAAGACAUCGCCCUAUAG